UGGGUGGAAUCAGCUGUUGUGCUUGACUCCGGGCUAAUCGCGUGUCGUGUCCCCGCAGGGUAUGGAGGGGCCAGAGGCCCGGGAGCUGCGGGGCGCGGAUGCGCUGCGCCGCUUCCAGGGCCUGUUGCUGGACCGCCGCGGCAUGCUGCACGGGCAGCUGCUGCGCCUGCGCGAGGUGGCCCGGCGCCUCGAGCGCCUCCGCCGGCGUUCCCUGGCGGCCAACGUGGCGGGCAGCUCGCUGAGCGCGGCGGGCGCGGUCGCAGCCAUCGUGGGACUCUCGCUCAGCCCCGUCACCCUGGGGGUCUCUCUGCUGGCGUCGGCCGUGGGGCUGGGGGUGGCCACCGCCGGAGGGGCCGUCACCAUCACGUCCGACCUCUCCCUGAUCUUCUGCAACUCCCGGGAGCUGCGGCGGGUGCAGGAGAUCGCGGCCACCUGCCAGGACCAGAUGCGCGAGAUCCUGAGCUGCCUCGACUUCUUCCUUCGCGGGCAGGGCCGCGGGGACCGCCAGCUGCUGCAGAGCGGGAGGAACGCCUCCAUCGCGCUGUACAACUCGGUCUACUUCAUCGUCUUCUUUGGCUCCCGCGGUUUCCUCAUCCCCAGGCGGGCCGAGGGUGCCACCAGGAUUAGCCAGGCCGUGCUGAAGGCCAAGAUCCAGAAACUGGCCGAGAGCCUGGAGUCCUGCACCGGGGCUCUGGACAAGCUCGGCGAGCAACUGGAGUCCAGGGUCCAGCUCUACACGAAGAGCAGCCGUGGCCACGACCUCAAGAUCUCUGCUAACCAGUCCGCUGGGCUGUUUUUCUGAGAAUAUCUUUUCCCCCUAAUGACCGAGGCCAGAAACCAUCCCCAUGGGAUGCUCCAGAUUUGUAGCUCCCUCAGGAAAACACCAAGUUGGGUUAGGAGCUGAAUGCAAAGGAUGAGAAAAACUGUUCUUCAAGCGAGGGAUGGGGAUGUGUCCUCCCAAACCUUCUUUUGCCAUCACUGUGACAUCCUGCCUGGGGCUGAGGGCUAGGGACUUUUUACCUGCCUGCCCCUGGUGGGCUAUGUGACGUGAAAACCAUUUUUCCUUUAGCAUGACCGUUCAGUCUUCACACCGCUGGGCACUCCUGAUUGAAAAGUGUUGCAGCAUCCCUGCCCCAGCCCCGGUGGGUGGUUUGAGCCGAGGCUGGAGAGGGUUGCAGACGUCACCACCCUUUGGGUCUUCUCCAAGCCCCACUAGGCUUUGAAGUCCUCAAAAUGCCUCUAAGAGGAGACACCAGCUUUAAAACCUCUCUGCCAGAGUUUCUGAGUACAAAGAAAUCCAGAAUCCAGAGCAAAUCAGACCCUCUCGGAACUGUGUAGGAGGGUUCAGAAGCCAGGAGAGGCACCUUCUGCUAACAUGUGUCCCCUCCCCUCUCAGCGUGCCCACUCAUGGAUCCAGCCUGGGGAUGGAGUGGACCUUCUUGGGUGUCUUCAUAACCAGACCUCCAAGGUACUCUGAGAGGGGAAACCAACUAAACGGUCACCUAAGUCCCGGCCCCUUGCAGAAGAAACUGAGGCCAAGAAAGAGGAAAUGACUAACAGCUUCAUUUACUGACAUCAUAGCCUAGAAUAGGGAGCAAUGGCUUUUGAGUUAGUCCUGGGUUUACUGUCUGAGACUUGGCUUACUGGUCUGUAAAAUGGAUGCUAAAACCUCACCCUGUUGGGAGGUAUUAAGUGAGAUAAAGUGCCAAGCACAGUGUCUGGGUCACAAAGUGUGGCCCCUGGGCUGGCAGCAUCACCUGGGGACUUGUUAGAAAGGCAAAUUCUCGGCCUCAACUCUAAGGAGGCAGAAAUUCUGGAGGUGGGGUGCAGCAACCUGUGUUUAAACAAGCUCUUGGGGUGAUUUGAUGCCUGAUAAGGUUUGAAAACCGCUGCAAGGGAUGUUGGUUUCUGAUCCUCUGAUGAGCUUUCACGGAGUCUAUAGCCUCUCUGGGCUCCGUGGUCUUCAGAGUCAUUCACAAAAGGUCAAGGACAGUGUCCCAGAAGUAAAAGAAAGAAGGUGCGUGGGGACAGCUGUGUCAACGCUUCCUGGGGCAAUUUCCUACCAGGUGAACUAAGGGAUGUAACAGAAUCAGCCCUUUAGAGGGCAGUGUUGCCCACUCGUUGUAAAAACUGGUACAGAAAGGAAUGUGAAUUUAAUGGAAAUUGACCUUUAUUACCUUCUCUGAAAACCUCCAGACCAUUUUUUAAUUAUUUAUUUUAAGUUUCUUAUUUAAUUACUGUUUAUUAUUAACAUUUAAUUUUAUUUGACCACAACAUUAGAAAAUAAUAGGAAGAGCAAGUUGCUGAAUGGGAGACUACUGAGGUUCUUUUCGGGAGAUGAAGUUGAGUUUGCCUUUCUAAGGUGGGCCCUGAGCUGGAAAUAGCAUUGCUUUCCUUGAAUAAGUCUCCCUCCUUCAGAGGGGCAUUUUUUCCCCCAGUGUUUUAAAUGAUCCUUUUAAGUAAAUGUGGGAAGUUCUGAAUAGAGAGACCGGGAGCUGAAUUUAAGCUUACAAAUGGAGGCUUGACUUGUCAAUAUAGAGAUGAUGCAAGCAUAUCUAUCCUGAAGGUACAAGACUUUGCCAGCAGAUAACACUUGACCUGAAAAGCCUUCCCUAUUUAGUUCAGGGGGGAGAAGACCAAUUAGAGGCAUAUGAAGGAAGCACUUGGAAGCCUGAUGUCCUGUGAAGUUGGGUUUUAUGGGCGAUAGACAAAUUAGCUUGUGUUAUGAUGGUGAUGUGUUAUAUUUUCACUUUGGGAGCUGUAAGAAAUCUGUAAACUGUCUCUUAGAAAAUACUUCUACUAGGAUUUCAGUCAAGUUCAGUUAAAUGGAUCCUAGAGACAAGCAUUUUCUUUAUUUCUCUUGUGGGAAUGUGAAUAAGGCUUUUCCUUAAGGCCUUCGUUCUAUAAAACAGAUUGAAAUGGUAUGUUGUAAAGGGAAGAAAAGAAAGGGGUAUUUAGAGUACAAGUGUACUUCAGAAAAAUAUCCGAGUUCGAAAAAUAAAUAUGUUCAUAUUGAAGGUUUAAGUGCUUCUGUUCGUUUCCGGGGUUUACAGUCAUUUGGAUUGUUUUCUUUCACAAUAAAGGAGAUUCAUUUGGUUCUGCACUUCAAGGAUUCAAUAAAGCUACAUCCUACUCUAUUAAAAAGAUAAUCCGUAGCAGACGUUUCUGAUUCUAAUCACUUUGAUGCAUUUGUCCUGAGGCACCUGUCAUUUCCAAUGUGGUAAAUGUCAAAGUCAAAAGUAUUUACUGGGAGAAACAAGAGAGAGAAGAGUGGUGUAGAAGGCACUGUAGAUCAGAUAUGUCAAACAAUUUGUCAACUUGAUAUAUUUCUCACUCAAAGCCUUGGCGUGAAAAGAAAGUAGAAGGAAUGGAGAUGUUGAGAGAAAGACAUUGUGCAGAGAUAAAUGGGGAUACCAUUAAAUGCAGCAAAUUUUGAAUUCCACAUUUUUUUCCCAUUGUAGCAAAAUCAGUCCUUCCCUUUAUUGAAAUAAAUUGCCGAGUCCUCAAACAUCUUCUUCUUCUUUUUUUCGGCCGCGCUAUGCUGGCUUGUGAGAUCUUAUUUACCCGACCAGGGAUCAAACCUGGGCCCGGCAGUGAAAGCACCGAGUCCUAACCGGACCACCAGGGAA